CGGGGUAUGCCGGGAGUGGUUGUGUACCGUUGGCAGCCGCGGUUGAUGUAGGGCUGAGAACGCGCAGCGAGGUGAUCCUGCGAAGCGGUUGCCGCAGUUGCUGGAUCCCCACUUUGUCCUGAUAAAGUCAGGCUUUCUGCGGCAGGUAAUGUGGGAGUAGGCUGGCCUCUAAACGAAGGCCAGGGCGUCAGCGAAAGGCGCACCGAAAGGGGGAGCAUGGAAGGCGUGGAGACUGGAAAUGUGCGAAGGGGGCAGGCUUGUCUAGGCCGGACAGGCCAGGACCAGGCGGACUCGUUAUGUCUCGUGGCUUCCCCUUGAGCCUGCCUACGAAUUCCUUAAGAGUGCAAGGAGUCCUGAGACCAGCUCUGCAGCGGGUGACGGGUGAGGAACGUCCUGGUGUAAGAGAAGAUGUCUGUGGCAUAAUAGGAUUUGAAUUUGUUGAAAUGAGCAGUCGUAAAUCAAAGAGUAACAACUUAAUACACACAGAGUGCCUUUCACAGGUACAAAGAAUUUUACGUGAAAGAUUCUGUCAUCAGAGUUCACAUAGUAAUCUGUUUGGAGUGCAAGUACAGUACAAACACUUAAUUGAGCUGCUAAAAAGAACUGCUAUCCAUGGAGAAAGUAACUCUGUGCUUAUUAUUGGACCUCGAGGAUCAGGAAAGACCAUGUUAGUAAAUCAUGCUUUGAAGGAACUCACAGAACUAGAAGAAGUGAGCGAAAAUGUGUUACAGGUUCAUCUAAAUGGACUGCUGCAGAUAAAUGAUAAAAUUGCCCUGAAGGAAAUUACAAGGCAGUUAAAUCUGGAAAAUGUAGUUGGAGAUAAGGUUUUUGGAAGCUUUGCUGAAAACCUUUCAUUUCUUCUGGAAGCUUUAAAAAAAGGUGACCGGACUAGCAGUUGCCCAGUGAUCUUCGUAUUAGAUGAAUUUGAUCUUUUUGCUCAUCAUAAAAACCAAACACUGCUGUAUAAUCUUUUUGACAUUUCUCAGUCUGCACAGACUCCAAUAGCAGUUAUUGGUCUUACAUGUAGAUUGGAUAUUUUGGAACUGUUAGAAAAAAGAGUGAAGUCACGCUUUUCUCACCGGCAGAUACACUUAAUGAAUUCAUUUGGUUUUCCACAGUAUGUUAAAAUAUUUAAAGAACAAUUAUCUCUACCUGCAGAAUUUCCAGACAAGCUUUUUGCUGAGAAGUGGAAUGAGAAUGUUCAGUGUCUCUCAGAAGAUAGAAGUGUGCGAGAAGUACUACAGAAGUACUUCAAUGUCAGCAAAAACCUGCGGUCAUUACACAUGCUGUUGAUGCUUGCCUUAAAUCGAGUAACAGCAUCACACACAUUUAUAACUGCAGCCGAUCUAAUAGAAGCAAACCAGCUGUGUAGCAUGGACUCUAAAGCAAAUAUUGUACAUGGUCUGUCAGUCUUGGAAAUCUGUCUUAUAAUUGCAAUGAAACAUUUAAAUGACAUCUAUGAAGAAGAGCCCUUUAAUUUUCAAAUGGUCUAUAAUGAAUUUCAGAAGUUUGUUCAAAGGAAGGCUCAUUCUGUUUAUAAUUUUGAGAAACCUGUUGUCAUGAAGGCUUUUGAACAUUUACAACAAUUAGAAUUAAUAAAGCCUAUGGAAAGAACUUCAGUAAAUUCACAGAGAGAGUACCAACUGAUGAAACUACUUUUGGAUAAUACUCAAAUUAUGAAUGCUCUACAGAAGUACCCCAACUGUCCUACGGAUGUUAGGCAGUGGGCAACAUCUUCACUAAGCUGGUUGUGAAUAUAACCAGUGACUUCAGUGUUGGCGUUUCAGGCAUACUUCUCCAAAGAACUAAAAGCUAUUGUCCUUUAACAAGAUAUGUUACUACAUUUUCUUAUAUUUAUAAACAUUUUGUAUUUAUGGGAGGCUAUUGCACAUGUAGUAUCUUGACUGUAUGUUGCCUCUGAAUCAUAAGCAGUUAUAUGAUUUAUAGUUCUAGUGAUUGAUUUAGAUUAUGUUCUAAGUAGCAGUUCAAAAGAAUAAAAUGUGACUGUUUUAGAGA